UAAAGCACAAAGCCACAAAAGGGCAGCUGAUGCUUUAAAAAAAAUAGCUUGCACUUUCUAUCAGGCAGGCAAAACAGAUGGGCGAUUGGGCAUGCAACUUGGCAUUGCCAGUUGCUGCUGUCAGUGGGUAGCAUUGCCGCGUGCGGCGGUGGCGCGGCAGUGCGCUAUCUAGUUUACCCGCGUCUACAUAUGCUGAUUCGUUUCGGAACCCGCUCCUUCCCCACCGCGUGCACGAUGGGUCUCCACCACCACCUCCUCACCGUCAUCGCCGCCGUCGUCGCCAUCGCCCUCCUCCCCGGCGCCGCAAGCUACCCGUGGCCGUUCUGCGGCACGGACAACUUCAGGGCCAACAGCAGGUACCAGGCCAACCUCAACCUCCUCGCCGCCACGCUGCCGGGGAAAGCCUCCACGUCCCCGAGCAACCUUUUCGCCACGGCCGCCGCCGGCGCCGGCCGGGACCGGGUCUGGGCCGCGGGGCUGUGCCGCGGCGACGUCAACGCCAGCAACUGCUUCGCCUGCCUCGCGCAGGCCUUCCACGACCUGCCCAACGACUGCUCCUACAACAAGGACGCCACAAUCUACUACGACCCCUGCAUGCUCCGCUACUCCAACACGAGCGUCCUCUCCGCCGCCGACGCCGACCUGUCGGGCCAGUUAGCCUGGUACGCGAUACCUACGAAUGUCACGGCGAACCCGGCCCAGUUCAACCGCGCCGUGGCCGCCCUCAUCAACGCCACCGCCGACCGCGCCGCGCUCAACUCCACGCGGCGGUUCGCCACCGGGGAGGCCGGGUUCGACCAGGAGGUCCCCACGGUGUACGCCGUGGCGCAGUGCACGCCGGACCAGACGCCGGCGCAGUGCCGGCGCUGCCUCGCCGGGAUAGUUGCGGAGUACAUGGGGGAUUUCGAGAACGCUGUUGGAGGCAGGAUCCUCUGGAUCAAUUGCAGCUUCAGGUACGACAGCAAGCCCUUCUUCCGUGGACCGGCGAUGGUGCAGCUCGCGUCACCGUUCCCCGCCGCGCCAGCGCCGGCGCCGGCGCCGCCUGUGCAGCCAACGGUUCAGCCGUCGCCGCUGGGCGGAGGAGUUGAGCUAAAGGGAAGAAAGUACAGUUUGCCGGUGCUUGUUCCUGCUGUUCUGCUGCCUGUUCUAGCAGCCUUGAACCUUGCCAUCUGCCUCUGUUUCUGGAGGCGGCGGCAGCGGAGAUCAAUGGCAGAAGGGAAGAAGCCAUAUCCCAAGUAUUCCGCUGAUGAAGCAGAGGACGGCGAAAUGGUGGACUCCAUGAUGAUCGAGUUGUCCACCCUGCGAGCCGCGACAGGGGAUUUCGACGACAGCAACAAGCUUGGCGAGGGCGGGUUUGGCGCAGUGUACAAGGGCGUCCUCCCAGACGGCGAAGAGGUAGCGGUGAAGCGGCUGUCGAGCAGCUCGACGCAGGGCUUGGAGCAGCUGAAGAACGAGCUGGCGCUGGUGGCCAAGCUGAAGCACAAGAACCUGGUCAGGCUCGUCGGAGUCUGCCUGGAGCAGCAGGAGCGGCUGCUCGUCUACGAGUACGUCCCCAACCGGAGCCUCGACAUCGUCCUCUUCGGUGCCGAGAAUCAGCUGGACUGGGAGCAGAGGUACAGGAUCAUCAACGGCAUCGCUCGGGGCCUGCAGUACCUCCACGAGGACUCGCAGCUCAAGGUCGUCCACCGUGACCUCAAGGCCAGCAACAUCCUGCUCGACGCGAACAUGAACCCAAGGAUCUCCGACUUCGGCCUCGCCAGGAUCUUCAGCCACGACCAGACGCAGGCCGUCACGAAAAGCUUCGUCGGCACCUAUGGGUACAUGGCGCCGGAGUACGUCAUGCGGGGGAACUACUCGGUGAAGUCGGACGCCUUCAGCUUCGGCGUCAUGGUGCUGGAGAUCGUCACGGGGAGGAACAACAACGACAGCUACAAUUCCAAACAGUCCGGAGAUCUCUUGAACACUGUAUGGGAGCAUUGGGAGGCCAGGACGGUGAUGGAGUUGGUAGACCCGUCCAUGAACGGCGGCUUCCCGGAGGGCGACAUGCUGCGGUGCAUCCAUAUUGGGUUGCUCUGCGUGCAGGGAGACCCGGCGGUCCGGCCGGUGAUGUCGUCGGUCGUCAUGAUGCUCGGCAGCGACACGGUGGCCCUCCAGGCCCCAUCCAAGCCGGCGUUCGUCACCAGGAAGGGCGUUGCCAACGCAACCGAUUCGACAGUGUCGCUACAGGGUUAACCGGAACAAUUUUCUUUGCCUUUUUCCUUUUCCAAGGAACAAUUUUCAGUUGAUAGCACCAGAAGAACGACUUGAGUGGUCCGUGUGUCUGUAUCUGUAUAGGUGUGUCACAAAAUGCGCAAGGCCCAUAUGUGUCUUUGAGCCCUUGAUCAAAAAGAGUGGCCCUUCCUACAUUCAAUAUAAUUUGUUAGGAUCUUGGAUUAGAGGUUUCUCAUCAAAGAUUAGAAAACAAAUCCUUAUGGGUACUUCUGUGCUUUGUUAGACUAUUUGGUUGAAUAGAAAUGAGAUGGUGUUCAAAA